AACGAGUUGUGGGAAAGUGUCUGCCGGUAGAUAGAGGCGAAAAUACGGUCCUCGCACGAUGCGUUUAGGUGUUAUCUGUGAUUUAAUUAUUUCGGCAUGACUACAAUGAAGAAUCCUAAUUCGUCGUCUUCCAAGUUGGCUUUGCUAAGCCACAUUAAGUACGAGCACCUGGUAGCUGGUAUAUCAGGUGGCGUCACGUCUACAUUGAUUCUGCACCCCCUGGAUCUCAUUAAAAUUCGUUUCGCUGUAAAUGACGGCAGGACCGCAACAGUACCGCGCUACGAUGGCCUAGGCAGUGCAUUUGUUACCAUAGUGAAGAAAGAAGGCUUCCGUGGACUCUAUAGAGGAGUCACACCCAACGUUUGGGGAUCCGGCUCAGCAUGGGGAUUUUAUUUCUUGUUCUAUAACGCCAUAAAGACAUGGAUUCAAGGAGGCAACGCACGCACACCACUCGGUCCAGGUCUGCAUAUGCUGGCCGCGGCCGAAGCCGGGAUACUCUCCCUCGUAAUGACCAACCCUAUUUGGGUGGUGAAGACCCGUCUCUGUCUCCAGUACAGCGAGGAGAACAUAGCUGAACAUAAGAGAUACAAGGGCAUGGUUGAUGGACUCGCCAAGAUCUAUAGAACCGAGGGGAUCAGAGGACUUUAUAGAGGUUUUGUUCCGGGCAUGUUCGGCGUGUCACACGGCGCGCUGCAGUUCAUGACCUACGAGGAGAUGAAGAACAGGUACAAUCAGUACCGCAACCUGCCUAUUGAUAUUAAAUUGACUUCAGUAGAGUACUUAACGUUCGCAGCGAUAUCGAAAUUAAUUGCUGCCGGCGCCACCUAUCCGUAUCAAGUGGUGCGGGCUCGUCUGCAGGACCAGCACAGGGUCUACGACGGCGCCUGGCACUGCAUCCAAGAAACAUGGAGAUACGAAGGCUGGCGUGGUUUCUACAAGGGUCUUCAACCGAACUUGUAUCGUGUGGUCCCCGCCACUAUGAUAACGUUCUUGGUGUACGAGAACGUGUCGUAUUAUAUGCUCCGUCGUAAUCGUGAUCGAUUGUUGCCUUCCUAAAACUAGUGAUGAGUAGGUUGGUCUACUGCAGGAUAUAUCUUGGUAAUUGCGCAACCUUUAUUCCAUUAAUAUGUAUACAAAUAGAUAUAUUUGUUUUUAUUGAAUAUCAUAAUGUUUUUACAGUUGUAAUGUUAAUUUUUUUGUGAAAAUACUCCACUAGCUUGUUGUUUUUGAUGCAAGGCUAAAUACUUAAUGUUUAUAUGCUCCUCCAUUUUAAUGUGAACUUUUGAACAGGCGAAAAAAUUAGAGUAACUAUAUGACAAUCUACGAUUACACCUUUAUUUUAUAGCUAAAAAAGGGUCUACAAAUCGAUGGCUUUCUAGAAUUAUAAUAGAAUUAUAAUUAUGUAAUCAUUAGUGGCCUGACUCAAAACUAUGGAGAUGGCGUAAAAAAGUUGAGAAGGGUCUGCCGCUCAAAGUUGACGAAUCAUGGACAAUCCUUAUGUUGUCAUGUGAUUAUUCUAGCCAAUGAAAAGCUUUGGAAUCCCGAUCACAAUGCAGUUUCUGAUUAAAUCUUAGUAACUAGUCAAAAAGGGUCAAUUUUGGAUAGAGCCUUUGUUCUUGAAAAGCAGCGAAAUUAUAUUUUAAGCUUUAAUUGCCCGAUUUUACGCUACAGAAAAGCUGUUUAAACCCAAUACAAAGUUUCGACAGAAAGCACGUAGAGAUAUUUGUAAGAUCUGACUCGAUCCAAAUCUCAGUUGAUAAGAGCAGUAACCACGUUGAGGCGACAGAUUCUGGUUCGUGUCCAUUUGGAUCGAAGGAGAUUUUGUUUGUGCUUGUUCGAUCUUUGUAUCAAUAAUAAUAGAUAAAAAGUUAUUUCUUUUCUCAAUCUAAAUUGAAAGAACUUUACCGUACAACUAUAUGGUAAUGUCGCUCCGUAAUGCUGAUUCAUCUAUGUAUAUGUCUAACGUAGAUUCAGACUACUUAAAUAUACGUUGUAUAGUAAUUUUUCGUCGUUCGACGGAGGAAAGGCCAGUGCACCGUUACACCAACCGGUCUGUCGUAUGCUAGCCACACUGCCCAACUACCACCUGAGUCUCGAUUUGAAUACAUUCCAAUACGUGGUAAAUGUCUUCAAUGAGGCCGCAAUUAAUGCAGUAUGGAGUAGGUGUAAUCCCCAUCAAAAAGAUUGAUUUCUUUGAAGGAUUGUGCCCAGAGCGCAACCUCAACGGCGUCGCGACACUGAGGAAACAAAUUCGCAACAGUUGUGGUGCGUUCAAGGCUUGCACGCAAACGUGUGUCACACUGAACGCUUCGCUAUGUGCG